UUAACCGCUUUAGAAGUACUCGGUUAUAAAGUCGUUGCAUCAUCCAGCACUAGCAUUAAGCAGGAUUAUAAUGAGUACAUGUGGACUAUGAGAAAAGAAUUCUCAGAACCCGAACCUGAUGUUGCUGUAAAAGCAGCUGAAGUAAAACCCAACGAGGUAUAACGAUACUUUUAGCGCGGCAAUGGCAACGACAAACACGUCCAAAAAGCAAGACCCCGUCGACGAGGAUGACGACACUUUCUAUUACAUCGGUGUAAAAGCGUCUCCGUUUGCAACCGAUUGCGCAGUCUUCGGUUUGCCACCGAAGGAGACAUCGGCUUUACGCAGUCGUUUCCCGCUGUCACCCAGUAGCCCCGUUGUAGUGAAUGGAAUUAUGCUAAAAGGCACACCAUUCUCCGUCAUAAAUGCUUUAGCUGAGCUCGGCUAUCGAGUUAUUUGUAGUACCGGAGAAGCCGAGAUACUUUGGACAUUACAGCGGGAAUGUUAAUGCUAUAUAAUUGGGCCUUUUCAUAAGCGUAUCAACUUUUAAAUGUAUUUUCUUGUGACUUGUAUAUACAUACAUAUAUUUGUAUAAACAUGUGUCUUUAUAAUUCAAACUGUAGAAAUUAAUAUUGAUGAAUCUAUUAAAUUUGCAAAGUCUUGUUUUUUUGCACUUACUUUAAUAUUUCGAAAUACAUGAGUGUUUAUCUAAAAAUACAUCUGUAGCUGCGCUUCGGCGAAUUUUCACGAGUUAAAUGUAUAUAUAUACGUGCGGACCAAUUAAAAAAUCUUUAUUUCUUAAAGAUGAUUGUAUCUUGCGAAAUGGGAUGAUACUGGAGCCAGUACGUAUAUGAAGUGUAGCUUAUUAGAGUAGUCGGAAAGUAAGAUGUACUAUCUUUUCUUUAGGAAACUAAUCUUUAUGAAGUCACAGGAAGAAUUUUUAUGUCAUGGAAAGUGAUAUUUUGUGAUUAUUGUGCGCAGCAACGUUGAGUUUCUUUGACGUAGUAAAAUUGUAUAAUUCUGAUAAGACUGUUGGGGAAGGGGGGAUAUAAUGAUUCUAGAGAUUGAACUACAUAAACACUUCUGUAACGUGUAUAAAUAAUCGCGUUGCGGAUAAUAAUUUAUUUACUAGUGGACACAGAAAUUUCGUCAGACCAAAGGAACGCGUGUUGACUGCAUCAAUAUGUCCGUUAUAUGCAAUACGGAAGUAUUAAUUAUACAAUGAUUUGUGAUAUAUCUUUACCUCGUUGCGUGGAAAAUGGGUUUUUUAUUGCUUUAUUGAGAACUCGUGAGUCUUGUAGGAUCCAGAUUGGGCCAGAUUGGGCCAAAUUGGUGUAUCGUUAUUUAGAUUGAGCCAGAUUGGUCCUCGCUCUUUAAACUGUGUUUAUUUAUAUUUGCGAAGAACGAAAUUUUAUUAUUAUGUAUGUAAAUCCCAUUUAUACUUAUAUUAUAUUAUAUAGUAUAGUAUUAUCUAUUAUACAAUAGGAUCUAUGCAAUCUUUUCCCACCAUAUGCUUUAAUAGAUGAUUUAUUAUGUUAUUAUUAAUGUUGUUACAUGCGAGAUAGUCGGUAGAGAUUGUUCCUUUGGAUCGAUUGCGGUCCAGAGAGUUUAAGAAUGUAAAACCACUUAGAAAAAAAUUGAUAUGAUAUUUGUGACAUUGUUUACUUGUUUGUCAAUCUUAUUGCAAAUUGUAAAUGUCAAUUGAAAAAAUCACUACAAAAACUUUUCUCUAUACUUGUUAAGAAUUAAAUCUAUAAAUUGAGCAAAGUUAUAAAAAAGAGCAAUUAUCUCGUAGUACAACAAUUAUGUGUUAACUCGUAUAUAAGUAAGAAAAUCAAAAGUUAUAGUUGGUGAUGGUAACAAAAGAAUACUUAGCGUUAUAAUUUGACAGUCUGAGUAGUUUAUAUAGUUUAUUCGCAGCGCUAAUUCUUGUUCGCGCUAAUUCGAUGUGACGAAUUUUAUAUUUAUAUAUCUAAUGAUAUCUCCGUCACAUGUGAAGCUGUUUUGUAUAUGUAUAACAAUAUAAUACAAAGGCCUAUAUUCAGCCUAUAGUUGUAUAUGAUUAUUUGUGUUACAAUAUGUAAGAAAUAAAUAUAUUGAUGAAGA